GUUUUUAUGUUUUGCAGAUAAAUAUCCCAGUGCAAGAGUCGGCUUGAAAUAUUAGAGCAAUACUGCUCUUGUAAAGAUGAUCUUGAACUAACUACUUUAAUUUUAAGAAUUUAUGCAGCUGAAAUAUCGGCAAAAAUUCGAAUACAGAUGUGAUUUCUUCUUAAUGUAGUACUUCUGCUGAAUCUAAUAGCAACUUUAAGAGUUUUUCCAAGGAAAAUAUCUGACUGUUUACACUGUGCUUGGAGAGAAAAAUCGAAGAAUAUUUGUUUUAAGUUUCGCUACUUUAUGCGAUAAUAAUUGUGUCACAAUGCCUAGCGUUUGCACAGAAUCUGUAAUGGACACGACGGAUAUAACAAAAUCACUGAAAGAAACAGAUCAUCCGAGAGUUGUAAUUAUGGGUGCUGCUGGUGUAGGAAAAACUGCUAUCGUCGAACAAUUCCUCCAUGACAGGUUUCCUGUAGACCACGUUCCAACCGUAGAAGAAAUGCACUGCAGUGUAUACGACAUCUCAGGCGCUACUCUAACUUUAGAUAUACUAGACACGAGUGGAUCCUAUGAAUUUCCUGCCAUGAGAAGAUUAGCUAUCAAAACCGGUGAUGCUUUCAUCCUGGUGUACGCGAUAGACAAUAAGGAGUCUUUCCGGUUCGUGUCAAGUCUCAGAGAACUUAUUCUAGAGAUUAGGCAAACGGAGGAACACGUUCCAAUUGUGGUCGUUGGCAAUAAAUGUGAUUUAGAAAGCAACAGAGCUGUGCCAAAGGACAUUACAGAAUCUGUUGUUACAAUCGAUUGGGAGAAUGGCUUUGUGGAAUCUUCAGCAAAGGAAAAUAUUAAUAUCCUGCAAAUUUUUAAAACCAUGUUGACUCAGGCCCAUAUCUGUUAUGCUCUUGGACCGGCAGUCGAACGACGAAGAAAAUCUUUACCAGUCCUGUCAACUUACCCUAAACUGAAACAUGCAAUCGAACAAAAAAGACAUAGCUGUGUUGUACAGUAAUUUAUUCUUCUUUAUUCUACCCAAGUUCUGUGGUAUUUGUGCUGUGGUGCAUUUACGUGGUGAAGACGUUUAAAAAACUUAAUGCAUAUUGCUUUGGAUUUGAAAUUGCUUUUUACUCAUAUGAGAAUUUCUUUUGUAACAUAUUUCAAUGAAACAAUUUUUGUAAAUCCGUUUGAAGAUCUUUGCAGAGAUUUCUUGAAAGUAUAAUUCUUCGGAAUUUAUUUUACAAAAAUAUUUGCAACUUAUACACAAUAGAGGCAGAGAAAUAUUUUUAUUUUGCUGUUUAGCGUUUUUCAAAUUAUUUUUCCAUCAUUAGUUAUAGUUUAUAAAAUUUUAAUG